AUGAGUUCCGUGCAAGAGGAGAAGGUUCCGAGCGAGGGACCGAAUAAAACCCAUGUACGGGAACUUAGGAACACGGAACUGGUCUCCCGCCUUCUAGCUGCCACACCGCCGUACCUCUACAGCGCUUUACCGCUGCAACCCCAUGCGUUUUUCUUCAGCGAAAUGCUGCGGUCUUUUGUGAACGCUCGACACGGAUGCAGACCACCUCAUUACCACCGUCGCUUCAAGCGCCGUACGCACAAAUAUUUCGCCGAAAACGAGAAUGAUUGGCGACGCGAGUGGCCCAAACAUGAAGAAGAGAAGAAAGAGCCGGAGACACGACCAGAAGUGCCAUUGGAGCUGACUGUCGACAAGCAUUCGAGGGUACGUGAGCCAUCACCACGGAGAUUAUCACCAAAGGCUGAACAAGUUAAGCCAAGCAGUAGCCCUGGCCCACCAGGAAGGCAGUCUUCCUAUGUAGAUGUUGGAACAGAAGAACUGCCAAAACCUUCCCCUUGCGUUGGACGAGGCCCGGAGGCUGCAUCAGUGCCACAGUCGAACCUAAUUCUCCCACCCCCACCGCCUAUGUGGUACCCACCCCUCUACAACCCUAACGGUUUUGGAGUGGACCCGUUAAACUUCUUCAUAGAUUUGCGCGUAUCGGGUCACAUUUAUGACAGAAAGCGGGCUUUAGCUGAAGGAGUGGAGAAUCAAGAGACGAGGGAGGAGCCUGGUUUAGAUAAGAGGCUUGGUCGAGACUUCGGACAGCGGCCUCGGCACUUGUCGGCUUUCUCCGUGCCUGUUCGGUCAGGCAGCAUUCCCGCCGAGUCAGAAAAGUAUUUCGAUCAGUCCGCAUCUAAGCCUGCUGGCAAAAUAAACGGCACUUCGUAUAUAAUGAGGAAUUUGAAACGUGUAUAUGAAGAUCUCCAUAAUUUGCAAGACGUGAAAGGAAAUGCCAAAAUGAGCAAAAGUGAUGAUACCAAAGCCGAAUCGUCAGAUGUCGACGAUGAUGAUAUUAUAGAUUAAAAUUGACUAAAACAAU